AUGAGUGUCGGCGUCGGCGUCGGCGACUUCAUCAAAAUCCUAGAGCUUGUUACUCAGGCCCGGAAACGGUUUGUGGAUGCUCCUAGCCAGUAUAAUGACAUAUCAAACGAAAACUUCUCGAACGUCGUCCAAGAUAUCGAUGUCCUUUUAUCUGGAUGCGAACCUAGGCCCGAGCAGCAAGCAUAUCUACAAAGUAUCAGGAACGACUCCACCAGUCUUUUAAAAGAUUUGCUCGAGAGGCUUGACAAGGAUAGAGAAAUCGGGGUUCGCAGUACAAGUACAAUCCAAUGCGUGAAGAAAGCUUGGAAAAGGUUCAACUGGGACCCGAAUGACGUUCAAGCUUUUCGAAGUCGGAUAUCGCUCAAUCUCGCACUACUCAAUACGAUUGAGGAGCAUAGUCGAAGAUCCUCCAGAAUUCAACAGGACGUUCAUCAUCUCACCGAGCGAUCGAACCAACAGGAGCGACAUGAAAUACUCAAGUGGAUUGGAACCGUUGAUCAUGGCUCACGUCAAAGCGAGGUGUAUGAUGAGCAUGAAGAGGGAACCGGCGAAUGGCUUCUAUGCUCUGACGAAUUCCGAAAAUGGAUCGAAACCAAGGAAGAGGUGUUGUUCUGUCCAGGUCUUCCAGGAGCGGGGAAGACAUUCCUAGCCUCCAUCGUGAUCCAGCAUCUUUUAGACCGCUUCGGGAACAAGAGCGAUGUUGGCAUAGCAUAUCACUACUGUGAUUUCAGACGCCAAGACUACGAGAACGCUAGUGUGAUUCUCGCGAGCAUCCUCAAGCAGCUUGCCCAAUGUCUAGGCUCUUUGCCAGACGCGUUGAGCACUUUGUAUGACAAGCACAAAGAAAAGGAGACUCGGCCAUCAUUCAAAGAAAUAGCUAGUGCGUUACAGUCCCUCCGAGGCUUGCAGGGAGUAAAUGCCUUGGUAACCUCUAGGGAUAUCCCAGAGAUUGUUAAUGACAAGGAGUUGGAAGGAAGCAGUGUCCUCGAGAUACAUGCGAGCGAUAAUGAUGUUCGCAAAUACCUUGAUGGUAAGAUGUCAAAGCUUGGUAGAUUCGUCAGGCGUGACCGACAACUUCAAGAAGAUAUUUGCAAAGCAAUUUUGGGAUCGAUUGGAGGAAUGUUCCUUCUUGCCCGCCUGCAUCUCGACUCUUUAGCAGAUAAAUUGUCUGUCACGACGCUCAGAAACGAACUCGCAGCCUUGCCAACCGGGUCAUCAGCAUACGACAAGGCCUACCUGGCUGCAAUGGAGCGGAUAGAGAGAAAGUGCCCAGACCACAGAGUGCUCGCCAAGGACGUCCUUGCAUGGCUUACCUUUGCAAAGAGACAGCUCCAGGUUGCAGAGCUCCGAGCAGCUGUUGUCGUCCAGGAAACAGACUCGAAUCUUGACGAGGAGAGUCUUGUCGACAUCGAGGACAUGGUUUCUGUCUGCGCUGGCUUGGUGACGGUUGACGAACGGAGCCAGACGGUCAGUUUAAUCCACUACACGACACAAGAGUACUUGGAGCGGACGCGAGCAAAUUGGCGUCCAGAUGCUGACGCUGCAAUUGCAACAUCAUGCCUCACUUAUCUCCUCUUCCCUGUCUUUGACGUUGAGUUCUUGGAGGUGGACGAAGAU